AUGUGUGGCAGGACAGCUCAAGGACUGGCACCUGGCCAAAUCAGACAGCAGCUGGAAAACACUCUGCCAAGCAAGCCCGCAGACACUUGGAUAGGCGAAGACAAGUACCGCAUAUCACACAAUGUGCCACCUACGCGAUAUCAACCAGUUGUCCGGGCAGACUCAGCGACAAGGUCAUAUGUCGUCCAUAUGAUGAGAUGGGGAUUGAUCCCACGCCACACGCAGUCUAUGCCCGAAUACUCAUCGGUCCUCAAGUCGAUCAACGCUCGGGAUGACUCGCUGUUUAUGGGUCCCUCGGGCAAGGCCAUGUUCAACCAUUCCAAGAAUCACAAACGCUGCAUUCUCCUCGCCGAAGGGUUCUUCGAGUGGAGGAGACGAGGAAAAGAACGCGUACCAUUUUACACACGACGGCGAGACGGGAAUAUGAUGUUGAUGGCAGCCAUCUACGACGUGGCAAAAAUCAAAGAAGAGCCGGAACCCAUGUACACCUACGCCACUAUUACCACCAAUGCAUCACCACAACUCGACUGGCUGCAUGACCGCAUGCCCGUCCUUAUCCCCAACAACGAUCACGACAAAAUACGAGCCUGGCUUGAUCCCAACCUAAAAUGGAACUCAACACUGGAGGCCAUGCUGAAACCCUGUGACGAAUUCAUGGAGCCUAGUUCAGAGGGUGGGAAUGAGCCGGUCUAUGCUUUGGAGACCUACCAAGUGGACGAAAAGGUCAACAGUGUCAGGAACGACUCGCCGGAUCUCGUAAAGCCUUGGAACUCCAGCUCCAACAAGAAGACUCUGAAUAGAUUCUUUUUUGCAAAGCCAGAGCCAACGUCGAGCGAGCCAUCUCAAUCUGCACCAACAUCAUCGACCUCGACACCCCUCAAGAAGGAUGGCCACUUGGAGAGUAAGGACGGAGUAGGCGACUUUGACGAGCCGUUUGACUAUGCGGACGAUAUGGCUGUUGUGGGUGACUCUGAGGACAACUCGGUGAAAGACGAAGAGGAAUUCGAGCAGGAACAGGUCUCGGUCGGGGCAGAUGCUUCCAAGCGAGAUGAAGGAUUUGAGGAGCUGCAGGAGCAACGGCAGCAAGGACGGACCGUCUUGUCAUCAUCUAGUCAAGACAACGAUGACCCUGAGGACCGGGACUUGGCACUGGCUUUGAAGCUCUCUCGCCAAGCACAAUACAAUUACCAGCCCGCCGCCUCGCCCUCCAAUCGUACCGCUUCAAUACCCGAUUCGCCUUCUUCUCCUUCUACUCGAAUGAACAGAGCCGCGGUGGAUAGUCCUACCCGGAGUGUCUCACGGAAGAUGCAGGCCAUCAGUUCGUCCUUGACUGGCUCGGUCGAUCUUUUGGAGAAGCGGCGUCAGCAACGCAAGCAAGAGGAAGACGAAAUGGAACAGGUUUUGGAGCUGUCGCGACUGCAGGCCAUUGGGGACGGUCACGAGGAUGUGGACGGCGAAAACAACUCUCAAGACAGUACAACACGAUCAACUGCAUCCGAAGCGCCUCCAUUUAACAACGAAGAACACACUCAAGAUGAUUUGGAACGUCGAGAGGCCGAGGAACUGGAAAAGGCUAUCGCAGCCUCCUUGAACGACUCGGCCAAUGCAACUUCACCGACAUCAUCACCUUCAUUCAGCACAUACGCAUCACCUUCUCACCCAAAGAAACCGGCGCAGCCUCAGUCUCCGACUGCUUCUCCUCUGAAGAGAAAGUCAGCCACCCAGUCUUCGCCCUCUUCACCUGCUGGGUCGUCACCUAUGAAGCCCGCUAAGAAGGGCAAACCUUCUCAGGACGUCAAGAUUACCAGCUUUUUCCAGCACACAAGUCCAUCCUAG